GUAGCGGCCGCCGCCAGCUAGAGCCACGGAGUCCCCGCCCCGCCACUUCCGGUCCCGCCACCGGGAGCCGGUGCGGCUGUGAGGGCCGCGUCUCGCUGCCGCCGCCGGCCGGGCAUGGUGUUGGGUGCCGGCCCGCCUCGCCUGUCUCGGGGUGCCCAGAGUAAAGGUGGCAGUAAUGCUAACGUUGGCAAGCAAACUGAAGCGAGAUGACGGUCUCAAAGGGUCCCGGACGUCAACCACCACGUCUGACUCCACUCGGAGAGUUUCUGUGAGAGACAAGUUGCUUAUUAAAGAGGUUGCGGAACUCGAGGCUAAUUUACCUUGUACAUGUAAAGUGCACUUUCCUGAUCCAAACAAGCUUCACUGCUUUCAGCUAACCGUAACCCCAGAUGAGGGCUACUACCAGGGUGGAAAAUUUCAGUUUGAAACCGAAGUUCCUGAUGCAUACAACAUGGUGCCUCCCAAAGUGAAAUGCUUGACCAGGAUCUGGCACCCCAACAUCACAGAGACAGGGGAAAUAUGUUUAAGUUUACUGAGAGAACAUUCUAUUGAUGGCACUGGCUGGGCUCCCACCAGAACGUUAAAGGAUGUUGUUUGGGGAUUAAACUCUUUAUUUACUGAUCUUUUGAAUUUUGAUGAUCCACUGAAUAUUGAAGCUGCAGAACAUCAUUUGCGAGACAAGGAGGACUUCCGGAAUAAAGUGGAUGACUACAUCAAGCGUUAUGCUAGAUGAUAAGAGGAGACAGUUGCAGGCCAUGGACUGUGUGUCACAGUUUGUCUCUAAUGUGAAACAGCACGAGGUAGCCCUGCUCCCCAUCCUCACGCUCCCUCAACCCCAUGGGAUUGUCCCAGUCAUGUGACCAUGUUGUCCUGAAGAAGACCAUCCUUCUGACUGCCCACUGUAGAUGGCGAAUGCAACACAAAUACAGCAAGAAAGUGUUUGGGCCUCUAAAGAGUUGUCUGCUUCCCUUACCAUGUUUACUCUCUUGAAACUAUGCUGUCUAGGCUGCCGGUGAAAUCCCUCAGAAGUUGUAAUGAACUCCACAUUGAGGCUAGCGCUUGCUUCCCCUUCCCCCAGCAAAUCGGUGUCCUGCACAAGUGAUGUAAUGACGCGUUCGGUGUAACUCGCAGAUUGGCAAUAAGAAACCCGCUACAAACUGUGAUUGGAUGCACAUUCUCUUAGCUUCUUCCACGAAUGUUGGCCCUGCCUAGAUGUGAAGCUUCCCAGAAUGCAUUGUCAUUCACUGUAGAUCUUACUGAAAUGCGUAUUUUAUUUAAUGUAAGUAUAUUUUGGAACAGAUUUGUAAUUUGUACAAUUUAAUGCUUUAAUUAUUUUUUUCUAUUCUCAUUUAGUUCGUAUUUUCAUUGUAUAGAGCAGACACAAAGAUGUUGGGUCAAGCAACUAUUGAAGAGAAAUACAAAGAAACUAUGAAAGACGUAUUACUCAUUCUCUCCAAAUGCAGCGGGAAUCUGGCUCCUAAACACCAGCUCUUGCUUUCAUGUCCAGAUGUGGCACGGAGCCCUUGGAAGCUAAAUCUGGAUGAUAAAAAUAAACAAAAAGGCAGGGAGCCCUUUCUCACAUGCUUCCCAGAGGAAGCAGGCUGGGGCUCAGACCAGCCAGGGUUGGUGGUUCUGCAGUGGUCAUGUGAGUGUGGACCAGAAGCUGCUUAUCAGAGCCACAUCCUCACUGUCCUGCAAGACAGGAAAUGCCUUGGAAAUCUGCCCAAACAGUGUCUAAUGCCACUGAGACUGUGCUGUGGUCCUCUCCUGAGUUGGUGGGGUUCCAUGCCCAGCCUUAGAGGAGCAGGAGUCAUCACUGGCAUAUUCGGUGCUUGGUCAGAUUAACUCACUUCAGAGGAAGAACCCUGAAGAGAGACAAAUGGAUUAUUCUAGCCUUCAGACAUUUGAACCAGUGAAAUCAAAUGCAAAAUAAAUGUUUAUCUGGUUUCAUUUGCUGCCUGCCUAACAUUCUCAGAUUAACUGCCAGCUUCCUUACAUCUCUGGAGCCUCUCCUGUCUAUCAUCCACUAAGCUUAGUUUGCUUUUCUUAAUUAAUAGAAUCUCUGGUUGAGAUCAUUCUGCCAUGGAGAUCCAGCAGGUGUGGAAUGCAGACCGUGCUUCCCAUUUGGCAUCAGGAGUUAUACCUUAGACUUGAGGGUGGCCCCACUGACAGGCCACACAUCUGGGUUUAUAGAGGUGAAAGGGUGGGGAGAGUCUGACAGUGACUGAUGGCAUCUUAGCAGCUCAGGUUCCCUGGGAGGCACAGUAAUCUCCACCUUCCAGGGCUUGGACAGUGACUUUCCUGUGCUUAUUGUCCAUAUCACCAGGAGCUUGCUAGCCAAGUUCUGAAACAGACUCUGCUAGGUGGUUGGGAGCCAGCAGCUGUGCAGCCAUAUGUCUGGUGCCCAUUCCUGGCACAUCCCACAGCAGCUGACAUGGCAGGACUGCCUCACGAAAGUGCCUUGUGGAAGAAAUGAAGCCAGUGCCCAUCUCUCAAUGAUGGAAGGCAAUGUGUCUUCUGAGAGUGGUGAUGUCAUCUAUGAAUUCUUACCUCAGGGUAUUGCACAGUAGGAAAAUGCAAUGUCAGAGAUGAAGUAAUCCUUUAAAAAGUGACAUUUCCAGAGAGCAGAGUCAUCCCAUUCUGUUGAGUGAAUUUUCUUCAAAGAUCACCCAGACUCUGCCCCUGGCAAUGAGCAGGUGUUGGGUGCUUAGCCAGCGAAGCCCCUGGAAUCUGACCUCCAUACCUCUUGGCUUCUUGGGGUCUUCUCACUCUCAGGCCAAAGCAGCACUUGUGGCUCUAGUACCUGCUAGUAGUUCUGAUAGUUCAAAUUGUUCUGAUUUGCCAGGGCUUGGGGAUCCCUGACUUCGUCAUGAAGACCAGACCUCUGGAUGGGAGACAGAUGAGAGGGGCAGGCCCUUGGGGAAGUGAAGUUCUUUGACAGCUUGGACAAACAGUCCUCCCAGCUUACACACUGUCCACUGUGUUAUCAUUUUUAACCUGUACUGUGAGUUACCAGAAUGGAUUUACUGAAAGAAUUGUUUAAAAAAAAAAAAGUUCCUAAAGAAUCCCCUAAUGGAGGCUUUUGGGACCGUGCAUUUGUUAAGAAUGUCUGUUUGAGUUGUAUAAAGAACUGAAAGAAAUCAAAAACUCAGCUUUGGGCUCAUUGGUUUUCAAAUUCACUGGGCCACAGUUCUUCCAGUAAGUCCACUGGUUUCAGCUUAUGUCAUGGCCAGUUGGAAACAGUGAUGCCUGCCCUCCUUGUGCUAGGAGACCUCCUGUGAACAGGGCCUCCAGACAGGCACCUCUUUUGGUCUACAUGGAGUGUUGGGCCCACGGUUGGCAUCUGGAGUGGUUAGUCCCUGCUGUGAUAACCAGGGGCAUGGGUGCCUGCAGGCCUCUGGAACGUCUCACAUCAGUACCCUGUCCUCACUGGGCUUGCUAGCAACUUAGGACUCCCAUGUGUUGUGUGAGGUUGGAAGAUUGUUUGAUCACAUACCAUUGUGUUGUCAGAUACCUCCUUUAAAAAACAUAUCCCACCAGCAAUGAUGAUGUGUCCUCUUUCUUUCCCUAACCACCUGAGGCUGAGGAGCCAUUGCUAGGUGUGCUAUGGAUCUAUACCUCACUCCCUAGUCCAGAGAGGCUCUGACCCUGAUCCCCUCACAUGGUGCUGCCAUUACAAACUCUGCCUGCUCUUCUAGGCAGAUGGGCAUGUUUUCCCUGGACUCCUGAAGCACCAGGGAGAGAGCUACACUGGUUUAGCAUACCCUGCCUCUUCCUGAAGCUAGUCAGCUCCUGAGGACAGGACCUACAAUCACAGUAGGUUGUAACAGUAUGACAAUUUAGUGUUGAGCAGAAGUAGAGAAGCUAGAGAGCAGUGUACCAUCCUCUCCAGGAGCCUCCCAGAAGCUCCUGGCCAGCCAGGCAGUAGUUGUGAGACUGUCACCACCCAUUGAGCUACCCAUCCUGUCAUCAGCUGACAAAGACCAGGUCUGCACAGAGCUCAGAGCCCGUAGAAAACACUGCAGAAGAGAAAUAUCCAGAAGACAGUGGAUAAACAUGACUGGAAAUGAACCAUAGGAUCAAAAAUACUUAGGGGAAAAGCCAGGUUUAGGAAGAUGCACUAAAUUGCACCUUUGACUCAGGCUGAAAACACCAAAGGUGAUCACAGGAUAAAGUGAAAAGGCAGUAGAACAAAAGUGUAAAAUGGAGCUGGAAGCAGAAACAAGCAGGAACAGACCCACAGUGAGGGCAGGGCUAGUGCUGAAAAAAAAAAAAAAAUCAGUGACGUAGACACAAAUU